UUAAUCCUAUCACUGACACGUUUGUCCUUUCUCUCUCCUCCCUCCUAUAAAAUCCCCCGCACCCUUCUCAGUACCUGCCAAACACUCCCUUAUUUCCAUCCCACACUAAAACCACACUCUCCAACCUCCACUCCCGGGCCCCACCUCAAAAUUACCCGGAUCAAAAAUAGUACAACCCGAAUUCUCGGAUGGACAGAGGAGUAGCAGUCGGUGAAUCAUGGCGACCCGACCCUUCACUACAACCCGACUUGUUUUUCAAGCCUCCGGAGACUCCAAAGGAACCCAUGGAGUUUCUUUCCCGUUCUUGGAGCGUGUCAGCUCUUGAAAUUUCUAAGGCCUUAACACCGGCCGCGUCGAAAUCCAUGCUUUCUAAGGCCAUGUUUGGUGGUUUUGGCGGCGGGGGUACCAGUGUCGGCGGUGAUGGUCCCAUUUUGGAAGAUGUUGCGGCUGAAGAAGCGGCGGCGGCGGCGGCGGCUGUCAGUGGCGGAAACGCCUUCUCUUUUGCUUGCUCUGAAACUUCCCAGCUCAUCUUGGAACGUAUUAUGUCACAAUCACAAGAGGUAUCUCCCCGCACUUCCGGUCGGCUCUCGCACAGUAGUGGCCCACUCAAUGGCUCCUUGACUGAUAGUCCUCCGGUUUCUCCUUCCGAAAUGGACGAUAUCAAGUACUUUCGGCUUAACAAUCACACGAAUACACAGUACAGAUCUACCAAUCCUGUUGGAGUAGCCCCUGCUGCCAGUGGGAAGACCGUUGGGAGGUGGCUGAAGGACAGGCGAGAGAAAAAGAAGGAAGAGACGAGGGUGCAUAAUGCGCAGCUUCAUGCUGCUGUAUCAGUGGCGGGUGUGGCAGCAGCAAUUGCCGCAAUCGCUGCUGCAACUGCUGCGUCUUCAGGAACUGGCAAGGAUCAAGAGGCUGCUAGGACUGAUAUGGCUGUUGCCUCUGCUGCUACUCUUGUGGCUGCUCAAUGUGUAGAGGCUGCUGAAGCUAUGGGUGCUGAGAGGGAUCAUUUGGCUUCUGUUGUUAGCUCUGCAGUUAAUGUUCGAUCCUCUGGUGAUAUCAUGACCUUAACUGCUGCUGCUGCCACAGCACUGCGUGGGGCAGCAACACUUAAAGCGAGGGCAUUAAAGGAUGUGUGGAACAUUGCAUCUGUGCUUCCAGCAGAGAAAGGGAAUACUGUGAACAAUGGUAGCAAUGGUUCUAGCGGCAGUCAUAGUGGUGAAAUCAUGCCAGAAGAUAAUUUCCUUGGGAUCUGCAGCAGGGAGUUGCUUGCUAGAGGCUGUGAGCUUUUGAAACGCACUAGGAAAGGUGAUCUUCACUGGAAAAUUGUUUCUGUUUACAUGAAUAGAAUGAACCAGGUUACACUAAAGAUGAAGAGCAAGCACGUUGCUGGGACCAUCACCAAGAAGAAAAAGAAUGUUGUGAUUGAAGUCAUCAAAGAUAUGCCGGCUUGGCCAGGACGUCAUUUACUCGAGGGUGGCGAUUGCAGGAGAUACUUCGGUCUUAAGACCAUCUGCCGCGGUGUGGUAGAAUUCGAAUGUCGUAACCAACGAGAGUACGAAGCAUUGACUGAAGGUGUCUCAAGACUUCUCUCUCUCUCUGCUGAAAAGAACAACAAUAGACAUAGGUUUUAGGCUAGUAUUCCCAAGUAAUGUAGUGUAGUACUAUAUAUUAUCGUUAUUGGCGUGUUUAUGGUUAAUGCCGUAAUGGUUAUGCCGUUGUAGAAUGUGUAGUAAUGAUUUUGGAGGAAGAUGGGUAUAGUGAAGAAAAAGAAGAAAAAAAUGGUGGGGAGUUGGUUUUUGGCUUUCUUUUGAAAGUGUUUUGUUAUCCCAUGUAAAAAGUAGCAAUUAAAGAAGCAAAAGUGUUAAUGCUAUGGGCUCUUCUUUAAUCUUAUUUUCUUUUUAUGUUUUACAUUGGAUAAAAUUUUGUAAGGAAAUUGUAUUGCAAAGAAAAGUGAUGUAAACGAAUGUAGAUAUUAUUCUCAUUACUUAAAUAAUUUUAGUUAGCAUUUGCGA